CGUUGCCCGGGGAGAGGCUCCACGGGUGGACGGGAGCCUGUCUGUCUGUAUUCGUGAGUCAAUCUGCUUCUCUCAUGCUGCUUCUUUCACCAGACUGCCAUAUCGCCCACCCAGUGCGAUCACCGCUCAUGACCAGUAUGGGCACGCUUCAUUCCCGGUCAUGAUGCUCUCGACUGGCUGUCCGUUUCUAUGAUGUCAUCCUCUUCAAAUUCUGAUUACUCCUCUAACUGGCUCGCCUGUGAAGCAAGAUUUACUCCUCACCAUGCCGAGGCCCCACUGGUACAAAUCAUGGCAUCACCCUCAUACUUCUCAGCAACUGCUUUAAGGGACUCUACACCUACCAGAUUUCAUUCCAGUGCCUUCUGUUGGAAGAGCAGGGGAAGCAUCUGCUGUGGCUGCAAGAACAGACAAUAUCACGCGUUCUCACUAAACUGUGCUAUUCCUCUGGCGAACUCGGCAGCAGUUCCAGUAAAAGUAAAGGGAAAUAAGCCCAUCAGCAAGCUGGGGACAUUUUAUACGGAGCCGAUGCACCUUUCAGACAGGAAGAGAACUUUCGGUGGACGCUGCGCACAUCCUCAACCGGACACUCAAAGUGAACUUUUCUCACUCAAGUGCAUGGAGUUGCAGUGCUACAUCCGGCCUCUGUCAUCCAUCCUACGUGGUCUGAGAUCCGGCAGGUACUCUGAACGCCUCAGCAGUUUCCAGGAAAGCGUUGCAAUGGACCGUAUCCGGAGAAUAACGGGAGUCCUUCAAAAUCCAAACAUGGGAGGACACUUUCUCAACACCAUCACCAAAAUUGAAGAGAUGCUUCGAAGUUGGUUCCCUCACAUUAAACCAGAUCAGGCUAUCGACAGCUCACCCGCAAAGAAGCAUAAGCAGGGUCAUAGGAGAGCUCCUCGCUCCACAAAAUCCUUCAAAUCCGCCUCCUCGGACUCGUCCAAAUGCAUCGGGCGGCUUUAUGCUUCACCCGUUUCCUCCAUGGAACAGUCGGAGUUAACGCCCAGCCCUCAAAGCACGAGCCAGGGAGUCACCCAGGACAACUCGGUUUCCUCUAGUACCGACUGGCCCCGGUCAACCACGCUUCACCCGAGAGCUCUGCUGUUGGACAGUCGGGAAGCUCUGCUCUUCAAAAUCAGCUCACCGUGUCUGGAAACGCUAUUGAAGGAGAGCAACGAGAGCCUCCUCGCUCCCAGGAGGGAGAGCAUGCAGGACUCGGGGACAUGAUUUACAGCAGUGUGACAUCGAAAAACAGCUCACUUACUAGAAGCAACAAAGUCCAUUUGAUCGGGAAAUCCUUUGGCUUAUUCCAUCAUUUUGGGAUAAAACAUCAUAAUAGUGUAAACAGUGAGUGCCUUAAAUUUGCAUUUUUAAAACAACUUCAAACUGCGAACCAUAUUUUCUGGACUAAGACUUUCAUAGUUUGGCUUGACCUGCCACUUAUACUCAAGUGCGACUUAAAUGUUUUGUGUAAUCUUUUUUUCCCCACUCUGCCCGCCAAUAGCCUUUUAUGUUGUGCUUACUCGGCCAUAGUUCUCAUAAAAACUGUUAAAAUGUUAUGUUUUGCCUGUUGUUCUCUAGUUUAUCUGAUCAUGUCGGAAUCGGGUGAAAAAGAUCAAGUUUUUAAAAUGUAUUUAUUUCAAUACUAGCGUUCAAACAUUUGGGGUCACUUCGAAACUUACUUACUUUAUUAAAGAAAGUUUUUUUUCAGUGAAAAUAAUUAAACUAUAUAUUAUUAACUCAUUCACUCCCAGCCAUUUUCACCGGUUCAACCCCCUUCGCUCCCAGCCCUUUUACUGGAUUUUGACUGAUUUUGCAAGGCCCACAGAAAAUUCUGUUCUAUUGCUAUACAAACAUGGAACCCACCAAAAGAAAGAUUAGACUCUCUUCUUUCAGCAGGAAAAAAAUAGUUCACAUCUUUUUCCAUUCUUUAGAAUUCAGCAUUAGAAAAUAGCUUAGUUUGAGCAAUUUUCCAAUUCCUGAUGAAAAAAACAGAAACUUAGCUUUUUGUAAACGCAUACAUUUCAAACAUAACUUUGACUUUAACGCAGCUAUUUUUUGCUUUAGUUACAUCCUAAACAUCUGAAUAAUGUUUUCCUUUUACAAAAUAACAAACAACAAGACAAAUAGAGCUUUUUAUAGCAAAGUAACAAUUUAUUUACACAUAACUAAGAGAUGACACUGUUGUGGGCGCGACGGCCGGGGUAAACUUUUCCCUCAUCACUGCCUGUCUCAUAAAGAUUGAUUUUUUUUUAGUCUUUCCAGCACGGACUCAAUGGUAUCGUCCGUUGCACUGGUGGUCCCGGUCGUUCUGCUCGGUCGUCCAGCGCCUGGCAUCCCGGGCAUCCUCCCGGUUGUUCUGCUCUGUCGUCCGCCGCCUGGCAUCCUGGACGUCCAGUCGGUCGUCUUCCGCCGGCGCCCCGUCCAUGCGGCCGGGCGUUCGUUCCGUUGAAUCGGGUUGGGGAUCUUACCAAAUGCACUACUGCCCUCCAGUGGCCAGUUUUAUUGCUUUAAAAUGGAUUUUCAGCGUUGUGCUUUGGAGCUAAGUUGAAUCAGAACCCAGAGAUGUCUCUUGUGAAAAAAAACGUAAAAGAUGUAUAAAUACGUCUUUGGGACACUGAAACAAUUAAAAAUAGAACGUAUUUAUACGUUUUUGGGAGCAAAUGAGUUAAUGUGGUAAGUGACUAUUAUAACUUCAAAGGUCCAGUUUUCAAUGCACUGUCUCCAUAGUUGUGUAGAGGCCCAUUCCCACCCAACAUCACGCCAGUGUUCUAAUGGUACAUUGUGUUUGCUAGUUGCAUUAUAAGCAUAG